ACGGCGCUCUGGCCCGCACAGUGGGGCGACGGCGACCCCGACUCCCAGCCCUACUUGCUCUCCUGCUCGCUGCCUGCAAACCUCACCGUCGACCAGGUGGCGUCAGUUUCGGUGACUGCUGACCAACCCUGCGCACCCUCCAGCCAAGAGCUUCCUCUGGAGCCACCACUCGUCCCAGAAGACCUCCCAGGAGCCAACAGGAGGGACUUCGCCGUCUGCCUCAAGGCUCUGCACUUCCCAGACAGGGAGGUGUCGGGCCGGCUGGUGUGGUGGGUGGAGGUGCUGCGACUGCUGGGCGCGCAGCACGUGUUCGCGCACGUGUCGGCAGUGGGCGUGGCCGCGCAGCGCGUGCUGCGCCACUACCAGGCUCGCGGUCUACUGACAGCGCAGCGCCUCGUUCUGCCCGGCGACGCCAGGGGCGCCACCUCCCCCACGGCGACGCUACUGCGGAAGCGCCGCAUGGAGGUCCUCGCUUACAACCACUGCCUCUACUCCAACCUCGAGCGCUUCCGGUUCAUCCUGCCGCUCGACAUCGAUGAAGUAUGGUUGCCGACACGCGGCUGGUCGUGGCGCGGACUGCUGGCCCAACUGGUGUCCGAACAGAGGGAAGUGCUGGUGCGCCACGCGUCGCUGUCGGCGCGCAACGUCUACCUGGUGGGAGGCGGCGCCUUCUGGUCUGCGGGGGCGGCGGCCGCCAAGAGCCUGGUGCGCACCGCCGCCGCGCUGGCCGUGGCGCACCACGCCGCCUCCAGGCCCGCCUCCAGACUGCUGCUGCCCCCGCACCGCGCCGCACUCGCGCACUUCCGCGCCGCCUGCCCCCAACAGGAGGCUCCGGAGUGUCGAUCACCACCAGCGCAGCUCCAGCAACCCCUGACACCCAGCCUCUCUCGCUGGCAGCCCAGACUCCGUCGCGCCGUUAGGAGAACACUACAGCAUGUAUUUCCCCUCGACCUGAUCCAAACCUGA